AUGCCAGAUAUAUCAUCAAAUAAUACGAAAGCUCCUAAACCACGCACCAAAACCUUCACUGGAUGCUGGACUUGUCGAGACCGUCGAGUGAAGUGUGACGAGGAACGCCCUCAUUGUCGGCGGUGCCAGCGGAAUGGUUGGGCUUGCAAGGGGUAUGAUUUGCGCCUAGGAUGGUCUAAAAUCCCCGGUGGACCCUCUCAUCGGCGCAAAUUGCGAUCCCCAGUACCAGACGUGGACCAUGGGUUGUCGUCUGCUGCUGUCACGGCACUACUGGUUGAAUUGGAUGAAUGUUCAGGGGAUGGCUAUGGCCAAGAACGAGGGCCGUUCUCGGUGUUUUCCGUUUUUUCAAGUCCUGAAACCCAAGAUGCAAACCCAGUUCAUCUACGCAACUUAGAAGGUGCACUUCGAACCCAGCAUGGGGAAGACACACCGCAUAGCUCGGACUUGAUUAAUUCACCAGUUGGCGAUAGAGAUGGUGAAUCAGCUUCAAGGUCAGCAUGCGACGGUGUAUCAUCUACUACCGCACCGUCCCCAUCUGAAAAUCGUGAGGAAUCAUGCACAUCAUUAUCAAAGCCUGAUUAUCAGGUUGACGACAUCUCUAUCAACGCAGUCGCACAUGUCAUUCAUCGUGAAAAUCCCAAAAAUAAGCUGUUAGAGCCGAACGACUACAGCACACCAGUAUCAAAUAUUUACAGAAGUGGGACUACCAUUUGGGAUUCCAUGAGUCCAUUGAGUCUCCCAAGAGCAGAGAUAGAGUUGGUCCACUACUGGGUUGUUUUUCUCAGCGGAAAUAUGCUCCUAAUCGACACCCCGGACAAUCCCUGCCGGACAGUGUUCUUACCUCUAGCUCUGAAAGGCUUCAAUGCCUCCCCAACAGAGUCUAACAUCCAUCUCUCAAUUUUCCACGCGAUUUGUGCCUCUUCCGCCUUUAGCCUUUCUUACCUUCGCCACGAUUCGCGGUACCACUCCAUCGCCGUCCACCAUGACCAGCUGGCUUUACAUCAUCUGCGAGGAAGCCUGCAGCGCGCUCGCUGCCUAGAUGAGCCCACCUUAGUUGCAGUCCUCGCUUGUGUUACAGCUGAAGGUUUGUCUGGUCGCCGCAGCCGAUGGAGAGCACAUGUUGCUGGAUGCCUUCGUCUCCUAGAGAAUGAGGUACAUGGCGACUGGAUCCGAAGUCCGAUAUCUGCUAAGAUGAUCCAAAGUUACUUGUCUCUUUCGUCCAUGUGCUGUCUACCUCUGCCCAAACGGCUCAUGCCGCUCCUCAAUGGCCCCUCCGAUUCCCAUCACUACCUAGAGCAAUCGCAUGGAAUUACAACACCACUUAUCCAAUGCCUUGCUCAAAUUACCACACUGGUUGAAUCUCGGACACAGCUGUCCAUUGAGGAACUAGACCAGCUCGAACUCCAGAUCUAUUUGAACUUUCCGUCGCCGUCAAACCCAGACGCCCCGGGUUCGAUCAUCGUCCAGCACGCUCUUAACUCAUUCUACUAUGCGAUGAUCACAUACUUCCGCCGCAGCUUACGCGGUGCAAGAUUGAGCGAUGUCCAAGAUCUAAUUGAGAAAGCAAUUCACGAGCUGGAAUCCGUCGAUGCGCUCACGCGUAACAAUGGUGGCCAUCCGUAUAACUGGGCGGGUUUUGUGGUUGCGGCUGAUUGCGAGCGGCCUGAUCUGCAAGAUCGCAUGUUGGCAUUUUUUGCCCGUAAAAGUCGGCACGGGAUCCAGAAUAUCAAUGCAUUAAGUGAGAUCGUUCAAACUCUGUGGAACCGACGGGCAGUGGCUGGAUCCCAUGUCGAUAUACAGUGGCAGGAUAUUGCAAGGGAAGCUGACUUUGACAUCAUGCUUGUUUGA